AAUCAUUUAUAGCCAUGAUCCGUUGAGCAGUUGAAAGAAGAAGGCCAGCUGGCCUCACAAGAUGUGUAGUACUAAUCCAGAGUUAGAAGAUGUAUUGGUUAACAACAAGCACAGAUUACACAUCGAAACUUUCUUGGAUUCUUUCUCUGCUAUCGCAUCAGAGCUCGAUAAUCCUGCUCUAAGACGAAACAAGAAUUUCAAGGCCUUCCUCAAACGAUAUGAGGAGCCUUUCGAAGAUCUUAAGGGAUUUAGGACCCGUUACAGUGAUUUUCAGAAAUGCAAAAUCAUUGGAAGAGGUGCCUUUGGCGAAGUGCAAGUGGUGAGGCACAGGGAGAAUAGGCAGAUCUAUGCCAUGAAGCUGCUCAGCAAAUCUGAAAUGCUCAAGAGAUCAGACACCGCGUAUUACUGGGAGGAGCGCGACAUCAUGGCCUUCUCGGAGAGCGAGUGGAUAAUCAAGUUAUUCUACGCGUUCCAAGACGCACGCUACCUCUACAUGGUGAUGGAGUACAUGCCGGGCGGCGAUCUUGUCAACCUCAUGUCUCAGUACGAGAUCUCGGAAAAAUGGGCCAAGUUUUACACGGCCGAGCUAAUUGCUGCGCUCAAUGUCGUACACGAACUGGGCUUCAUUCACAGGGAUGUCAAACCAGACAACAUGUUACUGGACGUCAGGGGUCACAUGAAGUUAGCUGAUUUUGGGACCUGUAUGAGGGUGGACGAGGACGGUCUUAUUAGAUCCAGCACUGCGGUGGGAACACCAGACUACAUCUCACCUGAGGUGCUCACCUCUCAAAAUGCGGAUGGAGUGUACGGUAAAGAAUGUGACUGGUGGAGCGUCGGAAUAUUUCUCUACGAAAUGAUGGUGGGAGAAUGUCCCUUUUUCUCUGAGUCCCUGGUCGGAACCUACUCCAACAUUAUGGACCAUGAGAAGACCCUGGCCUUCCCAGACGACGUUGUUAUGAGUCCGAGCUGUAUCGAUCUGAUCCGCAACUUGCUUACCAGCCGUGAGCACCGUCUGGGUCGAAUCGAUGUAAACGAGAUAAAACAGCACAGAUUCUUCAUCAAGAACAACUCUCAUUUUACCUGGGAGAACCUUCGAGAUUGUAACGCCCCUGUCGAGUUCUCCCUAGAGGGUGACGACGACACCCGUAACUUUGACGAUUUUGACGACGAGGAUGUUAACACGAACUUUGAAAACACGUCCGGGUUUAUCGGAAAUCACCUGCCCUUCGUUGGGUUCACGUAUAGGCACGACUACACGCCCUUUGCGGGCCAGACCGGAGGCGCGAGCACUGCCGAGGUUGCUAAAAUAGAAGAGGAAAUUGGUCAGUGGAGAAACAAGGCUAACGAAAAUCUUGCCAAGUAUAAUGAUGCACAAAGACAGCUGUUGAGGACGAAAGAUGCGCUGAUUGAAAUGGAGGCAGAAGCUAACAACACUAACAACGACCAACUUAUCGCAAAAUACGAAGUUCAGCUCGACACGAUGAAGCGGGAAAACGAUCAAGAUAAGGAAAUCAUCAAGAGAAUGAAGACUAAAAAUGAGGAGCUGCAGAAAACUAUCGUAGCUGCAAAAUCCGACAAUGAUAACGUAGCUGAAGCAAUGAAGCAGUUAAAGAGCAAGAUAGAUGAGCUAGACGCCACCAAGAACAAGCUAACUGAUGUUAGUGUGCAGAAGGACAACCUCCAGACCCAGUGGAACGAUGUUAAUCAGCAAUGUGCCAAGUUGAAAACAGCUAACCGCGACUUGGAGAAGGAAUUACAGACAGUCAAGGCAGCUAGAGCCGCCCUCGAGUCGACGAUAAAGAACAACAAGAAAAAGCUUCAGGAGCAGUACAACAACGUCCAGGUUGAAAAGGACAAAAACAUCGUACUGGAUGGUAAAAUCAAGGAGUUGGAGGACACGAAUGCAGAACUGAAGAUAAAAGAGGAGGAGUAUGCCAAGAAAAUAGUGUCUUUUGAAAGUCAUAUCAUUGAACUGAAGAAGGCCAAGGCAUCAGCUUCGUUAAGCGCAGCCGCAGCUUCCCAAGACAAUCAGAACAGUUUGAUGAAACAGUUCAGUGACCUGCAAAUCGAAUAUAAUGCUACUGAUAAGAAAUACAGGAUGGCACUUGAUGAGUUCAACAUCCUCAAGAAAAAGGAGGAAGAAACUAGAGAGAAGUCGCAAGAGCGCGAACAAAAGGUGAUAGAGCUGGAACAACUGUGCAAACGUAACGAAACAGAGAUUAGUCAACUCAAACACCACAACAACGAUCAGAAUGCUCUCGUUCUAACAAAGGAGGAGGAGAUUGCUAAACUGCAGCAGGAGCUCAAGGAAAUCAAGGAUGAGAAGAUAGAUAUUGACCACGAGCUGACGCGACUGACCACUGCUUUGGAUGAAGAGAAAACGAGGGGUAUGACCCUGACCACGGAGCUCGCCUCUAAAUCGUCUGAGUGCACCUCGAUGAAGGAGGAACGCGAUGGGGCUCUUCUGAAGUCUCAAGUUUCCUCUGACAAAAUAGAUUUGUUCGAGAGCCAGGUUCAAGAAUUGUUGAAGCAAAUCAAGGACAAGGAAAACGAGCUGACAUUGAUCGAGGAGCAACAAUCGACUGUGAUAAAAGAAAAGGACGCUAAGAUCACGAGCUUACAUCAGAAUAUAGAGGUGCUACAGAAUGACGUUUAUCUCAGAGAUCAACAACAAGUCGAGGUUAAAGAAGAGGAAGCGAAAAGAUCGUCCCAAGAAGUAGCUGCGGAUAUUGAGAAGAUGGCCAAAGAAAUGGCAGAUUUGAAGAAGAAACUUCAGAUGGAGAAGAUCAUCAAGGACGAAACGAUCAAGAAACUUGAGCAGGUUAUGCAAAAGCGUGUUCCAGAAGUGAAAGACAACUCGAAAAUAAAGCUAGAACGCCUGCAGAGGACUAACCGCCAGCUCAAACAGCAAAUAGAAAACCAUGAGGAAAAUGUCAAAACAAUCAAGAACAACAACGCUAAAGAGGUUGAGAAGGUUCACAAAGAGCUGGAUCAAGCAAACAAUAGGAAUAACGAGCUUAAAAACGUGCUCACUAGAAAGGAAACUGAGAUCUUGGAGCUCCAAAGGAAACUAUACGCUAUGUUAUCUGGGGACAAAGAAGAAUCUGGAAAGCCUGAAGAUGUGAAAAGGACUGUCCUUGAACCAAAUCUUGAAAGCUUCCUUUCAACCCCGAUUGGCAAGAAUCUGAAGAAAACGAACAACUGGAAACGAUCUCUGGCAGUUUGUACUCCGACUAAAAUAUUCCUGUACGACAGCGAGGCUGACAAAACGAACAAGGCUUUCUCUCUUGCUAUAGACAUAAACAAGGUAGACUCAGUGCGUCCCAUGGAACACGGGGAGUUGUGGCGGAUCAGCGCAAAAAACGUCCCUCGCCUUUUCAGGAUAUCAUUCUUCAGCGACGACAGAACGGCUGCCGACCUCGACGUUUCAGUAAGCGGCUCGUCAGGCAUAGAGUUUAACGGACACCACUUCAUGGCCCUGCCUAUCGCAGACCAUCAGAUGAACUGUGACAUGUGCAGCAGGAAGCUCAAGGGCCUCUUUAAGACAGAAGCUUACGAGUGUCAGAGGUGUCAGUACAAGGUACACAAGAAUCACGUAGAGCAAGAGGAGCGCAACCUUACGGCAUGUCAGAGCGGAGUGCGCGCACUUCUCCUUCUCGCAGAUGAUCCUAAAACUAAACAAUAUUGGGUGGAAAGGCUCAACAGAUAUGUUCCUAACGCCGCAGUGGCCACCUCUGUCGACUCUAAAGUCUCGCCCAGUAGAAGAUUACGACACGUCAGUAACAUUAUACAGGAGGUUCUCACAUCAAGGAUCACAUGAAAUAUUGAACGUUACCGCGGAAUAACUCCAGCGGUGAGCACAAGACCGGUAUAUUCAGGCGACACAGUGAGCGUCCUGCUGGUAAAAAUCGAAUUAAGAGCGGGUACUUGAGGAAUGCACUGACCCAAGACCGGGACCCUCUGUCCGCCGCCACCCUGGACACUACGAACGGGGACCCUGGCAGCUAGCGAUCUUCCCUACGCGCCCCGAGAGGGCCUUACUCUGCUUCUAGUUGACUGCUGUUUCUGUGGGCUGGCUCUGGUCUGAAGAAAAAGGAAGCCGCGCGGUGUCAAAACGUCCCUGUCAAAUUCUGAGUGUCACCAGAUACCACGAUACUUUCGUUACCUUAUCGUUUGGGUUUUAUUUAGAUUGUAUAAUGCUAAAAUUCUCGGCAAGCUGAUAUCACUAAUGUCACUCAACUUAACUGGACCCAAUGGUGCUGACGUUAUAUUCUGCUUGAUAUGUUUUAAGUAUUUAUUUCUUUGAUCAUUACUUCACUAGACUCGAUUAGCUUUUACUAAACAGUUGAUGGAUAUUAUUUAACCGCACGGUCCCUGAUCCUGUCAUUUCCUCUGUGAUGUCCACGUGUGGUUGGUCGUGUUUUUAAGAAGGGUUAUCGGACUGUUUUAUUGCCUGAUUGUUAUAUUAGGCGAGUUUUUUAGGGAUUGUGUAUAAUAUUAUUACCAGUCAAGUUUAUACCAACAGUUUUCGUUAAAUAUCAUAUUGCAUUGUGGUUACACACUCUGACGGCAUUAUAUAAUGAAAUAUGUAGUAUUAACCAUAAUUUGGCUUAAAGUUCAGUAACCAUGUGACAAAUUUUUUUGGACUGUACCAAAAAUUGUAUAUAAAUCUAUCUAUUUAUUAAUGCUUGUCAUUUGUAAAAACGCUGUAAAGAACGGAGCACAAGCGUGACAUAUAGAGAGAUAUGUAAAAUGAGAACUUUUUUCAUGUUCACAAGAUGAUUUAUCGCCAAUUUGCUGAUCUUUUAUUAACUUAAUGAAAAAGGAGAACGUAAUUUCACCAUACUCUAGAGCAAAGAGACGAUUCUGGGUGUUUUAAUACAUUAUGACAAUUUGUAGUGGGAUAUUUGAUUUUUAACAUUCUUCCCUGAUGUUGAUACUUUGGUUACCAAAAACCAUAAAAUAGCCGAUGGAUCUAGUGGUAACUUUUGUAUUUUUCAACGUAAAUUGACUUUUUGUACCGAGUUGUUAUGAUGUAAAUUUCUAUCAUUUUUAUAAAAUUAAGCAGAUUUCUUUGUCGAAA